UAACUGUAACUGACGAAAAACAUAAAUAAACAAUCGCCGGCUCAUUUUGUUUUAUUAUCGAUUUCUAAAUUAGUUUUUAGCAUAUUUUAUAUUAGCCUCAUACUUAAAAAUUUGUGAAAAUAAAUUUCACUGAAGAUUGCCGAUUAGAAUUUUGUAAAAAUUAGUGGACGAUUCUAAAUUAGUGGCUGAGAUAACAGUGUUAAACAUGUUUUUGUCAAAUUUAUCUAAAAUUAAUGGAAGAACUUUGUAUAAAUUCACGCAGUUAUCAAAUACUCGUUUUUUGUAUUGUACAAAGACUUCAAACUUUGACUUACUUUAUAAUUCAUCAUUAUUCCUAAAACAACGUAUUUGUUUAUCGCCUCGUUUCUAUUGUUCCCAGAAAUCUUUACCAAAACGGAAAGAAUAUGGUAAAGGCAGAGGGCCAAUAACAUGGAGAAAUCUUUUUAUUACAUUAGGCGUCGGAGGUGUUUUCCUUGGUGGUAUGCUGUAUGUAAAAUGGGAAAAACAAAAGGAAAUUGACAAGCAAAGAAAGCGAGAACUUGGCAAAGCUGCAAUUGGUGGUAAAUUUGACUUGAUUGACCAUACUGGAAAACCUCGUACUAGUGAAGAUUUUAAGGGAAAUUGGCUACUGGUAUAUUUUGGCUUUACCCACUGCCCUGAUAUUUGUCCUGAAGAAAUAGAAAAAAUGAUCGAAGUUGUGGAUACCCUUGAAAAAAGGAAGGAGUUGCCGAAAGUUAUUCCUCUAUUCAUAUCUGUUGACCCUGAUAGAGAUACUGUUGAAGCAGUGGCUAAAUAUAUAGCAGAGUUUUCUCCAAAACUUAUUGGUUUGACAGGUUCUAAGGAAAAAGUUAACGAGGUUACAAAAGCUUAUAGAGUUUAUUAUAGCGCAGGUCCUAAAGAUGUGGAUAACGAUUACAUUGUAGAUCAUACAAUUAUACAGUACCUAGUUGAUCCUGAUGGUGAAUUUGUUGAUUAUUAUGGUCAAACUAAAUCUGCAGAACAAAUUUCUGGUGCUGUCAAUGUUCAUAUGUUAAAAUAUAAACAAGCUCAUGGUGGAUCUUGGUUUUAAAAAAAAGAAUUUAUUAUAUAGCUCUUUUUGUAGUAAAGAAAUGAUAUUAUAGCAGACUGAUUUAAUAGCCAUUUUUCUAUAUAAAGGAAUGAUACUAAAUUAAAAGUUUUAACUGCUUCUGUGUUGUGAUUUUGGAAUUGUAAAAUGAUAAUUGUUAAUAAAAUAAUUACCAAAUGUUUAAAA